AUGUCGUCGUGGAACAACCCAAAUCCGGUCACCGUUCUGGAAACCACCAAUCCAUAUGGCAACUAUACGGUGGUUGACACUGCGCCGAAGGAGAUUCUCCAUAUGGUGCAUGAGCACUGGUAUCAAUAUCCUCCCAUGAACCCUCUUUGGUACAGUCUUGUUGGUUUCUGGAUGGUUGUCAUGGGAAGUCUCUCCUUAGCUGGAAACUUCGUCGUCAUCUGGGUUUUCAUGAACACCAAAUCUCUUCGAUCGCCUGCUAAUCUGCUGGUCGUUAAUCUGGCCUUUUCCGACUUCUUGAUGAUGCUUACCAUGUUCCCCCCUAUGGUAGUGUCGUGUUACUGGCAGACAUGGACUCUUGGAGCACUAUUCUGUGAGAUCUAUGGUUUCCUUGGUUCACUUUUCGGAUGUAUUUCAAUUUGGACCAUGGUAUUCAUCACUGCUGAUCGAUACAACGUCAUUGUGAAGGGAGUUUCUGCUGAACCACUGACGUCUGGAGGUGCCAUGUUAAGGAUAGCUGGUGCCUGGUUCUUUUCCUUUGCUUGGUGUCUUCCACCAUUCUUUGGCUGGAAUCGGUAUGUUCCUGAGGGUAACAUGACUGCCUGUGGAACAGAUUAUUUGACGGAAACAGAAUUUUCAAAGAGUUACUUGUAUGUGUACUCAGUGUGGGUAUAUCUUUUCCCUCUUGCCUACAUCAUUUACAGUUACACAUUCAUCGUCAAGGCUGUGGCUGCCCACGAGAAGGGAAUGCGAGAACAAGCCAAGAAGAUGGGAGUUAAGUCCUUGAGGAGUGAAGAAGCCCAAAAGACCUCUGCUGAGUGUCGUCUGUGCAAGGUUGCUCUAAUGACCGUCACCCUAUGGUUCGUAGCAUGGACCCCAUACUUCGUCAUCAACUGGGGAGGAAUGUUCAACCGGACCAUGGUUACUCCUCUGUUUUCCAUCUGGGGUUCCGUCUUCGCCAAGGCCAAUGCCGUCUACAACCCCAUUGUGUAUGCCAUCAGCCAUCCUAAAUACCGAGCUGCUCUCGAGAAGAAACUGCCUUGUCUAUCCUGUGCUACUGAGGGCAAAGACGGUGGUAGUUCUGAUGCUGGUUCAACUACUACUGCUGCAAGUACGGAAAAGUCGGAAUCUGCAUAG